AUGAAGGCGACUGUUGCUGCAGCAGCUCUGGCAUUCUGUAAGCGAGCAAACCGUGGACUAAGCUGAAUUGGACGACAUGCUGAUCGUUCCCUAUAGUUUCCUCGGCGAGCACCACCCACGCUCAGUCUAUCGCGAAAACGUGCCCAGAAACAAACAUCUGUUACGCUCUAAACGUUCCCGACUCAACCGCUCAAUCAGGUAAUGGCGACAUCUACUUCCAAAUGUCGGCGCCCACGACGAACACAUGGGUAGCCUUAGGGUAAGGAGAUGGUCAACUUGACAGCUCUGCAGGUAUGGCCGCUGACUCCGCCCGUCUCCAGGCAAGGCACCCGAAUGGCAGGAUCAAACAUCUUCAUCGUCUACACAUCGGCCGACGGACAGAACGUCACAUUGUCUCCUCGGCUUGGCACGGGUCAUGUCGAGCCACAGUACUCCGAGAACGCACAGGUGGAGCUCCUCGAAGGCUCCGGUGUCAGCAAUGGCAUGAUGACUGCCAACGUCAGAUGCAAAAACUGCAACAGCUGGCAAGGUGGCAGCGCGGAUUUCACGGGAACCAGUUCGAAUUGGAUCCACGCGUAUAAGGCUGGCAGUCCACUGAAUAGCAACGACCCAGCUGCCGACAUUGCCCUUCACGAUGGCUAUGCUCCUUUCGAAUGGAGCCUCGCCAACGCCAGGGGAGGAGCCAGUGCCAACCCCUUCGUCACGGCCGCUGCUAAUGGCUCCGCCGCAUCCAAUGGCUCCGCCGCAUCCAAUACCACAGCGGACUCCGGAGCCGUCUCGGGCUCAUCAGGUGGUCAAGCAUCUGGCGAUCGAGUCCAAACGGCCCACGCCAUCCUCGCCUCUCUCGCCUUCGUAGCCCUGUUCCCCUUCGGCGGCAUUCUCAUCCGCGUCGCCACCUUCACCGGGUCGAUCUGGAUUCACGCCGCCGCCCAGCUCUGCGCCUAUGCCAUCUACAUUGCCGCUUUCGGGCUCGGAAUCUACAUGGCCGUCGAGGGCCGCUAUCUGUCCCAGGCGCACCCGAUCAUCGGUAUCGUCCUCUUCGUCCUCCUCUUCUUCCAGCCCGUUUCCGGUUGGCUGCACCAUAAGCUGUUCCAGAGCCGCGGCGGCCGUACGCUGACCUCCUACGAACAUAUCGGUGUUGGUCGAUUCGCCGUCCUCCUGGGAAUGAUCAAUGGAGGUCUGGGUUUGAAGCUUGCCGACGCGGAGAAUGGUGCAAAGAUCGCAUACGGGGUCUGUGCUGCUGUUGUGGGCCUGGCGUAUAUCGCUGCCAUUGUCUUUGGAGAAACGAGACGACGUCGCAGCCCGCCCAGCUACGAUGUCUCUGAAAUGCAGCAGGCUCACUCGCUGGCAAGUCGGGAGGGCUCGGGUGAAGAUUCGCGCGAAACUUGGAAGUAG